UAUUAACACAAGGAAUCUGUAGAAAUAGUACAAUUGGAGGCAUUGCAUUAGGUGGGCGGACAGACAGCAUGGGUCGGAGCGAGUUGGGUCGAACGGCGUGGACCUACGCCACCAAUGGGGCGUCAAAAGGCACAAUUUUCUUUCUUCACGGCACAUGUGACUCGGGACAAGGUUUGAAAAAUUGGGUAGCUCGCGUACUCAGGGGAAGUUUCCAGUUCAAAGAUUAUCGCAUCCUCUAUCCUUCCGCCCCCAUCAGACCCUAUCACCUCAUGAAUGGUCAGAACGCUGCCGUGUGGUACGACAGACUCAGCCACGGUCCCAACCUUCCUGAGGACAUUUGCUCCAUCAACCAGGUGGGUGACCAGCUGUCCAAAAUGAUCCGGCUUGAACAGGAGCGAGAAGGGACGAAGGUCAUCGUGGGGGGUUUCGCGAUGGGCGGCUCCAUGGCACUUCACCUCGCUUAUCGUCUCAACCCCAAUGUGGCCGGAGUCUUCGCCCUCUCUGCCUUCCUCCCCCCGGACUCUGCCGUCUUCUCCGACCUGGCUGCCUUUGUCAAGGAGAACCCUCCUUCUCCGGCUGGGGAAGAAAAACCGCUGAGGUUAGGUGGAGAAGACUUAAGAAGUACGAGUAAGACGGGGAAGGUCGAAUCGUCAAGUUUGGCUGCUACCAAAAAACUGCCGAAACUAUUCAUGAGUCUGGGGACAAAAGAUCCUCUCGUGCGCUAUCGUUGGGGACAAUCUACUUUCGACCAACUGCGGACGUACGGAAUCAACGGACACUUGUUCACCUUUCAACGCCAGUCCCACGAGAUCACGCGACCGCAGCUCAGUAUACUGCACAACUGGAUCGAAGAAACGAUGAGAGAUUCUCCCAAGCCCAAAAUUACCCAGACGAAACAGUUUCAUAUAAAUGACGAGGGCACGAUGCCAGUUCCAUUUAAGAGAUGGCCAAAGUCCUCCUGAUACCAAGAACAACGACAACAACGUAAUUGUAUAAAUGCUCCUCAAAUACAAAUUGACAGUAAAAAACAAUCAAAGUAGAUAUUUUCUUACUACUACGAGUACAUGUACUAUUUAACGAUAUGAUGUAUCAUACGGAGAUGCGAUCGCACAAAAUAAAUACAAA